AUGACGGAUUCUGUUGUCGUGGAGGGAUAUGUCAAAUUCAGAGAUGGAAAAAAGUGGAAAACUAGGUGGGUCGUGCUUCGCAAGCCGUCGCCGGUAGCAGACUGCCUCGUGCUGCUGGUCUUCAAAGACAAGGCGGACAAAGCCCAGGGCCACAGGGAGAGGGCCAGCGUCACCUUGGAGGACAUCUGCGGGCUGGAGGCGGGACAGUGGUACGAGGGCGUGCUCUACACGCUGGCCGUCCUCUGCCUCAACCAGGCCGCCGUGCUGGGCUUCGACACCAAAGAGGCCCUGCUGGCGUGGGACGUCCGCAUACGUUACAGCCUCGGAGAAGUUCACAGAUUUAAUGUUGGAGUCUUACCAGGGACCAAGUUGGAGAGCGGACCUGCAACUCUUCAUCUGUGCAACAACUUACUGGCCCUCGCCCGGGACGUCCCCCCUGUUAUUAUCGGCCACUGGAACCUCCCGGACCUGCGCAGAUAUGGGCCCGUCCCAAACGGAUUUGUGUUUGAGGGGGGAACGCGAUGUGGUUACUGGGCUGGUGUUUUCUUCCUCACUUCUACGGAGAGCGAGCAGAUCAGCUUUCUGUUCGACUGCAUCGUCAGAGGCAUCUCCCCCACCAGAGGCCCUUUUGGACUGCGGCCAGUUCUGCCGGACCCCAGCGCCACUCAGGCGUCUUCAGAGGAGAGGGUGAACCAUGAGGCCCAGGAGCUGGAGAAACGACUGAGCCUGCUCUCUCACCGCAGCAGCACAGCCUCGUCCACCUACUGCCCGUCCGCUGGGGGAGACGACCGCAGCAUAUCAGGCUCCUCCGACACCUCCGACACCAGCCAAUCAGACUGCAGCAUCAGCAGCCGGCUGGCCAUUUGGGCCGAGCCGGCUGCUGCCUCCAGCCCCGCUGAGAGCGCUGGCCAGUCGGGGGCUAAAGUGGCACUGCAGAGCAUUGACAAGCUUUCAGUCAACCAGGGAGGUGGACACCGCCCGACCGCCAAGGCCCCUCGGCAGCUUCAGGAAAUUGGCCGUCAGAGUUCAUCUGACAGCGGCAUCGCCACAGGCAGCCAUUCCUCUUACUCUGGAAGCUUCUCCUCCUACACGGGAAGCCUGGAUAUAGCCCCUGGGGAGGAAUUUGGGUCUGUAUUCAGUUUGCCUCCUCACGUGGCUCUAGACCUGAGCCCUUGUACCUGCCCUCCUGUUCCAGGACAUGAGUACCAGGUGCCCACAUCACUUAGGUACCUCUAUGACUCUCCUAGGAGUGUGUUACAGGAGGGAAAUGUGGCUGCCAAAGACAAUGAACCCUCCACGCCAACUAAGGACACUCCCGCCCCCUCAAACCUCACGGCAGGAUCAUCAAACAGUGAUAGUAAUAACAGUGAUGGCAGCAGUGGCAUAAUUUCUGGCGGUAACUCAGACGGUACUGUUGAAAGACAGUGUCUGAGUGUCUCCUCGGAGGAGAUUAUGAAAUCCAUGGUGGCAUCCUCAAACGACAGUCAGCAACACCCUGAUUCGUGUCAGGCCUGCAGCUCUGUGUCGUCCGUCUCCAAAACCAUCGUGACCAUCUGUUCAGCCUGCGGAGGCGUUAAGGGGACACCAUACACACCUGCUGGUGGCUCAGCGACACCUGCCCUACCAGAUCAAAGUGUUGACAAAUUGCCAUGCAGUGCCAUCGCUGCCAGGGAACGCACUCCCAUUUUUGAAGUAAAGACAGUUGCGGAGAGCGACGCCGGCCCUGGACCAGAAAACACUCACAGCUCAGAGAAGAACUUGGAAACACCUCUGCCAAAGAAGGGAAGGGAAAAAUUAGCCAGUCUUUUAGCCGAGCUUUUAGGGUACUCAAGUUUAGAGGUGAAGGCAAACAGACUGAACGUGUACGAGUCGAUGAGCUCUGCAUUUGGAAAAGCGCUGAAGACAACUUUUGACCCGAACCCACAGCAAGACAUGAGAAGCGCUAUUUAUGAGAACUGCCUGAAGUGUAAAGGAGAGCGCUGCCACCCGCCUCCACGUGUCACACCUGCAGAAAGCUAUCGCAGCAAUAACGGCUCAGUUUUGCCCGUUGGUGAGAGGAGCCACACCCAGUUUGGACCCAUGCCCUCUGGGCUGUGCCUGAAGAAAAACCUGGAGCACGACGUGGCGGCUGAGGAGCUGCACAGCCGAGUUCAGGGUCACGGAUCCUCGAGCGCGGACGAGAAGGGUCAAUACAAAGAGAUGAAUAGUUGUAAAGUGAACAGCGAAGACAAAAGGCCAAACAGUAAAGAGGAAAGACGCAAGGUUGAUCCUGCUUAUGAGAUCAUGGAGAGUCGGGCGCUGGAGAAGAACACCGAGACAGAAGAGAAGAGCAAGUACGAGCUAAUGGGCAGUUACGGUCAGCAGAGAUCCCUUCAUGAGACUGAAGGGGCAGUGUUUGUGUUCCCACCAGAGGUGCCAGUUCCUGACAGGCCUCGGGGUGAUGGCGUGACCUACGUGAACAUCCCCAUUAGUCCCACAUCCAAGAAGCAGCUCAACUACAUGGAGCUGGAGCUGCAGGAAGCCGCUCCUGGCGUCCGAGGGACUAGCUCCACCAAGUACGCCCAGAUCGACAUCACUGCCACAGAGAUGGCUCACAAAGUCGGCACUCAGCACGCUCUGGGCCGGGAGGAAGGUCUGCACACUCUGGAGCUGAGAAGAAAGGGAGUCCCACCAUGAUUUCUUCAUCACUGAACUGUUGAGCUCAGAGAUUUCCUGGCCAGCCCAGAACAUCAAACUGUAAAACGUGCCAGAAACAUGGCUCUCCUGGAGUUUUUCCAGCUCCCACUGUUCCUGAGAAAUCCUUAGAGACUGACUGUGGGAUUUGACUUCUGUAAACCAAUUGUUCUGCGUAUCCUUGAUGAAUUCGACAGAAAAUUACUGCAGCCACUCUACACAUAGUCAAAUCUUAGAAAAUGCCAUCUGCCGCAGUGCUGUUGAGACUUUUCACAGACUCAGGCUUGAUUCAGGAAUCCCAAAGCGACGUGAGAAGGAAGCCUCCUGAAAAAGUUGGACACAGAAUCAGGAGGAGCAUUUCAAUAUAGGUUUCCUUUGUGGGUUCAGGCGUCUCAUUAAAUGGCAUUAUGUCAGCACUGUAGCCGCAGGCAAACUUAGAGGAAGAUGUGCCAGUCCUGAGCUGAGUCACUGACCCCAUAAACCCCCAGAGCAGAGGCAUUUCACAGCUCACUCAGGCCAGCCCUAAUAAGACGAAAUAUGCUUUUUUGAGGAGUUUAUCCUCAUUUAUUUCUCAGUUUCUGGCCAUAUCAGUAUAGCAGGAAGCUGGAGGGCUGAAAAAGUUUCUGUCCAGUCUCAAAAUGGUGUAACUUUAGAGUAUCAAGCCAGCUUGCUGUUUAUAAAACGAGUUACAGCAAAAUUAUUCCCUCAUUAAUGUUGAUUUUUGUUGCCUGGGUGUAACUAAUGGAUUUGUAUUGACCGUGUGAAACCAUCCUCAAUGCUUCUGUUGUCUUUCUGCUUUAUAGUUCAUAUGGAAUCACUAUGGGAUUUACUGUGGGAAAACUCCUCAUAAAUAAUGCAACACAAAGGAGAUACUGAAAUUCACUGGACUUUUAAUCACCGAGUGACAACAUAAUGUGAAAAAGCACCAUCCCCGAAAUUACUCUUUGGCACCUUGGGCAUUAAUUAUUCAAAUAUUAUUUACUCUGUAUUUGGAAGAGGACUGGAAGAGGACUGAAGGCUCACUUGUCCAGGGUGGCGGAAAUCACACAUGCAUUUUAUUUUUCUUCCUUUCUGUGUGCUCACCUAGGGAUUUGUACUGACAGCGCAGAUAUAAAAACAUUUGAUUUGUUAUGUGUAGUAGUACUGUCAAAUUAGUAAAAUUUAGUUUCAUACUCAGUCAUGCAUUAAUAUACCCAUCCUAGCCAUCUUUGUA